AUGGCCUCACAGCCGCGGUCCUUCCUUUCCGCCGCGCCUCCGCUCAUCCCCGCCUCUCCGCCUCCCCCGCAGUUACCAUACACCCCUCCCCCGGCGGCUCCCUCCCCCCCGCCUCCCGCCAACUUUGCGCCACGCCCGCUUUCCGCCCCGCACCCGUUAUCCGCCCCGCCGUAUCCGCUCUCCGUUCCGCCGCAUCCGCUGCCCGUCUCCACGCGCAAGCCUGCAGCGAAAUGGGUCCGCCAGUGCUUUCGUGUGCUCGGCGCGCUAUGGCUCCCUCCAUACGCGUUACAGGGUGGUGCAGGAGACGGUUCUCAACAACGGCAAGUGCAAAAUGCGAGCAACUGCCUCUCCAUGCCUCAAUCCUUCUUUCCCUUCCCGCCCCAUGUGCUGCCCUUUCCCCCUCCCCUUUCUCCCCUUCUCCCCCCUCUCCCCCCUACCCUUCCGCGUCUUUCCCUUCCCCCAGAGGCGCCGGACCCCCCUCCUGCCAGCGCGCCCAGGUCCGCCUCGCCCUUCCAGCUGCACAUGCCGCACCUGCGCCCCUUCCCCCCGCCCCCUUUCCCCCCUGCUUCCUCCGCCACCCCUCCCCCCCCCUCCGCCUCAUCCUCCCGCGCGCCAGGCCCCUUCCCCGGCUUCCCCCAAUCGCCUGCCAACGCUACCCCUCGUGGUGCCACGUGGCAGGGUGCGAGUGGCGCUGCUGGUGCCUCUGGUGGGGCUGGUAUGGGCAUGGGUAUGGGCUAUAUGGGAAAUAACGCCUCCCCUGGUUACUACCCGCCUCCCCCUCGCCUCUCUAACAUGCCUCAGGUCACCCACAUGCCAAACCUCCCCCACAUGCCCAAUCUGAACCUUCCCCAAAUGGCAAACAUGCCAAAUAUGGCAAACAUUCCAAAUCUGCCCAACCUGCCCAACAUGCCCAGCAUGUCCCAUGUGCCGCCCAUGCCCAACCUUUCCAACGCCCCCUCGUCCUAUGGGGGCUCCUACUCUCAGCAGAUGCCCACUUUUGGCUACGGGCAGGUGAACGGGCAGGCUGGGCAGGUCCAGCAAAUGGGACAGAUGCAAAUGCAGCUGCAGCGGCAGCUGCAGCAGCCGGGGCAGAUGGGGGGUCAGCAGCAGCAGCAAAUGCCCCCUGCGCCUGGAGGGGGCAUGCAGGGGCAGGCAGGGCAAUGGCAGGGAGGGCAGGGCGGGCAAGGGGGAGGAGCGGACCCCACUCUGUGGGGCUCUCCCAUUGCAGCAACUCCACCACCAGCAACGCCAGCAGGAGCAGCAGCAGCAGCAGGAGCAGCGUUGAGAACGCCCUCUCCUCUCGCCCCUGUCGCCGCCCCCACCUCCCUGUCGGGCGGCGGGCCGACCAUCUUCCGCCUCUCCCUGCCCUCCGCCGCCCACCUCUCACCUUCUGCUGCCGCCCUUGCCGCCCGUGGCGGCAUGCCAGCGGGCGGCCCGUCAGGAAUGGCGGGCGGCGGGGCAGCAGGUGGGGCAAGUGGAGGCCAGUCAGGGCCGCCUCAUGACGCCCGCUCGCACUCUCCCGCUAUCCCACUGGGGCCGGGGCAGGGCGGGCACAUGCAGGGGCAGGGGCCGGGGCAAGGUUUAGGGUUGGGGCAGGGGCUAGGGCUAGGGCUGGGGCUGGGGCUGGGACAGGGAAUGCAGAAUCAGGGGGCAAUGGCGCAGGGGAGUGGCGGCGGCGCACUGCCUUUCCCUGGCGCUGGCGUAGGUGGUUCCCCUGCUGCUGUCAUGCCCGGGGGCAUGCAGGCGGGGGUGCAAGGGCAAGGGCAAGGGAGUAUGCCUGGGGCGCACGCACAUGCAGCAACAGGGGGGUCGAUGCAGGGGCUGGCCAUGCUGCAGCUGCCCGCUGCUGCUCAUGGCAGUAUGGCGGGUGGUGCGGGCACAUACCCAGGGGGCGGGGGAGGUGCAGGGGGAGGGGCAGACGGAGGGGGGGGUGUGGGCAUGCAGAUGAGCGGAGGGGGAGCAGUGGUAGGGGAGGCAGGGAGGGGAGGAGGGGGGGCGUGGGGUGGAAUGGGCGCAGCCGCAGCAGCGGGAAUGGCCCCUGCAGGCUCCCCAGCUGCAGCAGGUGCUGCAAGCUCAAGCGCCAUUCCCAUGCCCAGUGCAAGUGGGUUGGGCUGCAUGCAAAGCGGUGCAGGUGGCAUGCAGAGUGGUGCUGCAGGUGCAGCAGGGGCGGCAGCGGGGGAGGAGCAGGUGACAGCAGCAAGCGGGGGUGGUAGCAGCAUAGGAACAGGCCUGGGCUUUGGUCUCUCUGCUUCUGGCAGUGCUGCUGGCGCUGCUGCUGCUGCUGCUACUGCUGCUGCUGCUGCUGCUGCUGCUGGGGUUGGCGGGCCAUUGGGUGGAGGUCCGUUUGUGUGCGGUGUGGAUGGGUGCGGAAAGGCGUUUCUGGAUGCGGGGGGGUUGAGGAAGCACUCGAACGUGCAUGGGGAGAGGCAGUUCAUGUGUCACUACGAGGGGUGUGGCAAGCGGUUUGUGGACAGCAGCAAGCUGAAGCGCCACUUCCUCAUCCACACGGGCGAGAAGCGCUUCUUCUGCCCCUAUGAGGGGUGCGGCAAGGCAUUCUCGCUGGAUUUCAACCGCCGUUCUCACAUGCGCACGCACACGGGGGAGAACUACCACACGUGCCCGAUCCUAGAGUGUGGCAAGCGCUUUGCACAUGAGAACAAGCUGCGCAUGCACCUGGCGUCAGCACAUGGGGAUAAACAGCAGCAGCAGCGAUCUGCAGCGCGCGAGGGAUCAGAUGGGUCGCAAGACGAAGGUGCGGGGAGGUCGGAGAGGGAGGGGCGGAAGGAGGGCGAUGGGCAAGGGAGAAAGAGUGAGGGAGGUGGUGCGGGGAGCAAGGAGAAGGGUGGGCGAGGGAGGAGGAAGCGAGAGGAGGAGGGGGCGGCAGGAGAGGGGAGUGAGAGGGGAGGAGAGGAGGAAAGGGGAGAAGUGGAACGGGGAGGGAAACGGAGGCGAGAUGAGGCAGAGGAGGAGAGUGAGGGGGGGAGUGAGGAGGGGAGGGAGAAAGGGAGUGAGAAAGGGAGGGGGUCAGAGAGUUGGGUUCAAGGGGGGGAGGAGGGAACUGAGGGUGAGAGAAGGGGGUUUGGGAAAGGGGCAGAGGGGGAUGGGGAGGGCGACGAGGGUGGGGAUGGGGAGGGGGAGGAGGAGAGUGAGGAUGGGGAGGAGAGGGGGAGUGUGGCUGAUGGAUCGCAAAAAGGAAUGGCAACAAAGCGAGGGCGAUUCCUGAAUUCCAUUUCAGAGUCAGGAGAGGGAGGCGGGGUGAGGGAACCCUGGGGUAAGGGCAGCGGGAGGGGGAGGGGGCGGGGCAGGGGUCGUGGAAGGGGGAGGGGGAGAGGGCGGAGAGGGGAGGAGGCAGGAGGGGAGGCAGGAGAGGGGGACGUGGCGGAGAGCUAUAGAGGGAGAGGAAGGGGAAGGGGGAGAGGCAGAGGCAGGGGAGUGGGGAGGGGCAGAGGGAGAGGGAGAGGGAGAGGGAGGGGGAGAGGGGUAGGUGGGUCAACAAGGGAAUGGAGUGAUGCUGAGAAUGCCCGUGGCACUGGCGGGUAUGGUGGGGGUGCGGGUGGUUAUGGGGGUGAGCUUGGAGCAGAGGAGGAUGGGGAAGGCAUGGAGAGGGAGAGUGAGCAGGGUGAUUAUAAUGAGGGGGAGGAGGUUACUGGGGCGAGUGACUUAGGCGAUGGGGAAGGGGAGGAGGAAGGGGAGGGCGCGCUGUAUGAUGAAAUGGGGAGUGAGGAGGAGGGGGCGGAUGAUGGGGGCAUGGGCAGUGAUGCGCUGGAUGCUGGUGCUGAGAGUGAUGGGUUCGGGGAGGACAUGGGGGGUGGGGAUUCGAUGGGGGAGGGGGGGGGCAUGGAGGGGUAUGGUGGAGAAGAGGAGGAGGAUGAGGGAGGGGAGGAGGCGUGGCGGGAGGAAUUGGGAGGCGAGGAGGGAGAGGGAGGGGGAGGAGUGGAGGGAGGGAAGGGAGGAAAGGGUGCAGGGGUGAAGAAGGGCCCGGGAGGGCAGGAGGAGCAGGAGGAGGUGCGGCCGAAGAGGCGGCGGCGGCGGCGCAAGCUGGAGGAGUCGGAGCGCGUGUUUGCGUGCGGGGAGGCGGGGUGCAGCAAGCGGUACUUCCACGACUACAAGCUGCGGUUGCACCUCAAACACUUCCACGGCGUGGCGCUCGCUGAUGACCCACCCGCUGCUGCUCAUGGCGGUGCUGGUGGAGGGGACGGGGGAAGGGGUAGACGACGAGGGAGAGGCGUGGGGAGGGGAGUGGGGAGGGGAGUGGGGAGGGGAGUGGGGAGGGGAGUGGGGAGUGGAGAGAGAGGUGGUGGGAGAGGUGGCACGGGUGUGUCAGGGUAUGGUGAGGAGGAGGAGUUUGAUGGUGCAGGGAGUGCGAGGGGUGGGUAUGGGGAGAGUGUGAAUGAGGAGGGGUAUGAGGAUGAGGAUGGGAAUGAUGACUAUUCCAGGGGUGACUAUAACGAGGAGUAUAGUGAUUAUGGAAGGGAGGAAGAUGUUGAGGAAGACGAGGAUGCUUAUAUGGAGGAUGUGCCGUUGGGGCAACGCCGGCCUCAUUCUCUCUCCUCCUCCGCUGCGCCUUCCUUGGAAGCUAAGGCCGCACACUCACCCCCCAAAAUGGCGGGGUACAAGCGCACCAUACCCCACUUUGAAACGGGUAUUUACAAAUCGCCGGGGGUGUUCCUGGCGGACUCGGAGUACGGGCGCGCGCUGGACUGCCUCGUCAAGGCGUGCGCGGACUUCUUCAUCCUCAAUACAGACAGCUCCGAGAACUGCAAAAUACUGCUGGGGAAGCGCAAGGUGGAGCCGCAGCCCGACUGGUGGUUCAUGGGGGGGCGCAUGCGGCCGGGGGAGAAGCCAGAGGACAGCGUGGUGCGCCUGCUGAGCAGAGAGCUGGGCGUCACGGUGGAGCCCGGUGCAGUGCGGUUCCUGAGCGUGCACUCGUACUGGUGGUAUCGCCGCGUGCAGGCGCCUGUGGAGAACGGGACGUGCGACAUCAGCGGCGUGUUCACUGUUGCCAUUGGGGCCGACCAGGCAGCUGCUAUCAAACUGGACGAGGAGGAGUACAGUGAUUCCAAGUGGGUGAGCAUAGCGGACAUCAUCAACGGGGAGCACUACCACCCCGCCCUGCGCCAGUCAGCCAGGGACCUCAAGGCGCGGUUUGCCUGGGAGCGCCUGGAGAGCCUCGUGAAGGGCGGUGCCGGAACAGAUGCAGAGAUAGCAGAAGCUGCCAGGAAGUUGGUGUCACUCAACUGA